UAAUAUAAGUGUUGGAACAAUAGUCACUGUUAUCGCACUUGGGCGUGUGGAUGCACGCUGAUUAGCAUAUAUCACGUGCGGUUUGAGUUCCUAACUUUUCAGGCACUCACAACUCCGCACCACCCCUUUAUUUCCUCCUGCAGCCAGAUUGCAUCUUGACUCUCUUUUGUAUAGUAGACAAAAACAGAUAAUUAGGUAUAGCGAAUCGCACUAGUUACAUUGUCUCACCCCCGAAUCCCUACGCGUAGACGAGGUCUAUGAACAAUAAGCGUAUAUCGACUACGGUAAAAUCCAAGACAAGCCUGGCAACCACAGCCUGCAGUGCAAGAUUGGAUUGAUUACUGUUUCGCGGUGUCUUAGUCGGCGGGGUAUGAACCCGGCUCACGUUGUGGACCCCUGGCAUUGAGGGGCUCGCUGGGACGGCAUCGUUGGCUUCGUCUUCACCGUCCAUGGUCAAAGUUCUCAAACGACGGUAUGACGUGAACCCAGAGCGACUUCUCAACAUCGCAAAAAAGGUAGGAGCACAUGGCCAACUGGGCUCGUUCCUGCUGGCAUCCAAAUUAGAUCAAAUAACGCAGCAGCAGAUAAAUGUGCAUGGUAUAACCUCCAUGUCUCCACCCCCGAUCCGUUUCGUAAGUAGAUGGAUGACAAGCCCCGCUACCCCGCCCCCGAAACCGAUGGUGACCCAUCGCUUAAUCGGUGCGCCAAAAGUACGCUCUGGUCCCACAGCCUAUCCCACUGUUCUGCUGCCCAAAGGCCCUCUAGUCAAAACCGGCUUCCUAUCCCCUACGUUCCGUCCCCGAAUGAAACCAUUUAUUCCAAUGGCUGAAUUAGGAGUAGCUACCGGAAUUUUGACCCUGGCUACAUUUGCCUUUAAUUCUGGUGGCAAACUUUACAAGACGAUUCAAGAGUUCAGAUCCCACCUCCCACAAGUCGAUCAACUCCUUGCAGAGCUUUCGGGUCUAAAUUCAGUUCUAAAGGACCUCUCAGAAAUAAGCGAUCUUCGUCUUGAAGUGGACCUCACUGCUCUCGAACUCACACUCAAUCAGUGCAAACAAUCAUGUGAGGCUGCGGAAGUUGAACUCCGCACAUUCUGCUCACGCUCUAGCGCCAGCCGGACAAGCCUCCGCGACUGGACCAGGCUCAAAUUCAGUGGCGAUGGGAUCGAAGGCUUUCGUCAGCAGUUACUUCGAUACACCUCUACCGUCAGCGUCGCACUAAGCUUCGCCAAUCUCCGCGCAUCUGUCAAUAGCACUCAAGCCAUUCAUGCCUGUCGAGACUUAAUUGCGACUACAACUGUCAAUCUAGAGGCUCAUCUCGAUCAAAUCCAGCAGAAGCUUGAGGAUUUGGCUGAACGCAACACCACUGGUCCGACCCCUGACGCGGCCAUCCGUCAACGAAUGGAACAAGAGCAAAGUAGCACGGAGAAGGGUAUCGCAUUUUGCGCAUCGCUUUCCCAAGAAAUCGAAAAGAUUCAGCUCGAUUUCUUCAGGGGCCGCAGAAGUUCCCAAAACAUCCAAGGCAGUGGUUCAACCUCAGAAAUGCUCGUCAGCGAAGGACUUGAUGGCUGUAUGAAUCAUAUGCGUGCCACGCUCGAACAGCUUAAAAAGCAUAGAAAGGGGAUUAUCGACGGUAUGGGCACCGACUCAACAACGGCAACAUCAGAUCAGGAGACCUCACUCGACAACCUCCAAACCCAAGCUCGUACUCUGAAGCAAUGCCUAAACUUUUGCUCUAAUGUUGACGCGGCUUUAGAGUUACGAGUAAGCAACAUUGAAAAUGUGGCGAAAGGCGACGACACAAUCCAGUUCAUGGUCUCUACAGAUGGUAAACCGAUAAAUGGCAAGAACCAAGGCGAUGGGAUGAGGCUGAAGCAAGCUGGUGGUCAUUUUAGCGAAGAAUCCUUACAGCAGCUGUCUGGAGACUUCAAAGCUAUCAGCCUUCACCAAACUGGCCUCCAGAACACAGCGUCUCUCCAUGAAAAUAGGGUUGCUACAGCUGCGCAAAAGUCUUCGUUCGACAACCGCCAUGGGCCUGGCUUUAAGCUCGCCAAACAGCCCGUCCCGGCUGCUACGGCUGGCCAGGCUGACGUUUGAGGAGCGCCAAAAAUACCGGAACUGCCUCGAUCAUGUCGAUUCUUUGGCUGCAUCCUUGAUGGGAAGAAACAAAAUCGGCCCAUCUUUGGAUUCGAUGGAACCAUGCCGCAUUGCACAACGCGAGCUGCUGCAAACCGUCGGAACCAGACCCUAUGUUUAUGUGAUUUUAGUUAGCAGAGGCAUUAAUUUAUAUCCAUCACAAUCGCUAAAUCCAUCAUUUUGCCUGCAGUUGCGAAUCGCACUGCUGCAAUCUGCCUAUCACAAAAACCAAUGGCCUGCGAAGACGCGCUUGAAGCAAAUUCUUAAAUUUCCUUUGAUGUAGUGGAAGGUUCAGAAGGGACCCGUAUUCAAUUGCGGGUAGAUGGAAGCUAGAUUUUUGUCAUCGCAGCCGUUGUAACCACAGCCUUGCAACAUUAGACUGUCCCCUGGGUUGCAGGUUUGAGCAACGGCCUGUAUAUUUUCGUACCCAUACUGCCUUCGAUGCCUCUUCACUUGAAGAUAAACCCGCACUGUCGAAGAUCUCGAGAGUCCACUCAAGCUCAGGCAGGGCAUCUGCAAUCUGUGGUCCUUGUUCCUUGAGUGCAUCCUGCCGACAGCAAGCAUCAGAAGAUUGUGACAACGUUAAGCAUUUCGAGGACGCGAACCCGAGACCUCGUGCGGUACGAGCACCAGCCCUACCACCUGUGUUUCCAGUCCUUCAGGGCCACCCUUUCAACAGUCCUUCGCCGUCCAGAACAAGCGGUGAAGCGACACUGUCGAUAAGAGGACGCUAUCUACUCCAAGUCCGACCAGAAAGGCUGCAAGUCCUGUCAAGAGGCCCGUUGAAUUUUUGUUUCUGGGAAAGGCUGUGCAUUUGUAUCAGAAAGAAGAAAAUUCCGCCCAGCGUACAAUACUGGCACAUUCGCAUCAUCAACGUGAGCCGGGACAAUCAAGAGUAUUUGCCUGAUGCAAAUGCGAUUCCCCAAUGGUUUACUCGAGAGCGGAGGGGAAGCAUCCGGCUCGUGCACCGAAGUCUGCCUAUCAGGGCGCAGACUGCGGAUGAAUCUUGGUGACCUUGAACACAGGGUCGAUCACUGAUUGAGAGCAGGCAUACACACAAUGGCGCCAUGCGUUGCCACCAACACCAAGCAGAUCCACGCAGUCUCGACGGGGUGACAAUCGUUCUCACCGAUGAACCUGUACUCCAUAACAAUGGUGCACUGCUUCAUGUCACCCGCGUGGCCGCAAGAGCUCAAGCAGCACCUGGCGGAUGUCAGCUCUUCAUUGCUGAUGCUUGAAAAGGCGUUGGCCGGCGGCGGGGAGGACGCUGGCAUUAUGAGUCAGCUGGCCAACUUGCGAAGCUAAGCGCUUAUCGAUUAUCGAUUCAACCUCCAACGCGUCGCUACCGACGCGUCACAAUGCUAGGCCCCCAGAUCCUGAAUCAAAUCAAUGGUGUUUCGUCCGUGCACGGCACCCACUUGACCAAUCACACCGCCCCCAUCGAUCAGUUCGACUCGGACUGUUCGUGGCAGAAUGGUAAGGAGAAACAGUUGGUCGUAUUUCAUGCUCAUUUUUCCCAAUCUAAAAUAACAAAACACGCUCAAGUUGAGGAGGGAAUCCAAAUCCUUGCAAACGACUAUUUUGGAUCGCUUUGCCCUGCCGAUUCUUUCAGCUUUAAUAUGGGAUCCGGCUUCGGUGAUAAAAUAUCCUCACUGUUAAUAGGCCUUUAAUGAUCGAUCGGUCAACUAAACGCUGUAAUAACGGAAAAAUUGGUUAAAGAUUCUGUUUCAGCUAUUUAGAAACGAGCAUUCCAACGACUUUCUAUUUUGUACCCGCAAUUGGUCCGUAAGUCACGUGCAGCUCCACUUGUGACUCAUCGCUCAAUUGAUGAUUUGAACCCAUAAAUCCUUUAUUCCGACACGCAUUAUAACCUAUCACCGGCAUGGUCUUAA